AUGCAGUUCUCUCAGCUUGCAAUUGUCAUCGCACUGUUGGCUGUAAACUCCUAUGGAAAAGGUUAUGGUCUUAGGAAUUCUGGAACUGAAGGCCGUAUAGGAGGAUAUGGUAAUGGAGGAAGAUUUGUCAGCAGUUAUAGUGAUGGAAAUAAUGGAGGAAGAAACAGUGGAAAUGGAGGAUACAAUGGUGGAAAUGGAGGAUACAAUGAUGGAAAUAGAGGUUAUGAAAAUGGAGCUGGGAAUUAUGGAACUGAAGCUGGAAACAAUAUGAAUGAAAAAAUUAAAAACUAUGGAAGUAAUGCAGGUGGUAUGGGAUCACAAUAUAAUAAUGGAAUGAAUGGUUACGGUAUUGGAAAUGGUAUGGGGAAUCGAAACAAUGGAGCUAGUGGUUACGGAAAUGGAGUAAGAACAGGAAAUGGAAAUUAUGGAGGUGGAGCUGGUAAAUUCAGCGGCGGUAAUAGAAACCAAGCUCAAACAGCCAUUGCUGACUACCAGUUCCUUAAUGGACAAAGCUUUCAGAAUGGAAAUGGACCGAAUGGCGCACAGUAUGGAAACGGUAAUGGCAAUUCUGGCAGUCCACCCUCACAAGGGAAUACUGGUGCUAAUGACUGGAAUGAAAGAAAUGGCGGUGGAUUCAGAGCCGGAUAUGGGAACUACAAAGGAAAACCAAUAGACAGAUAUUGA